UCAUUGCAGGAUUGCCGGCGCGUGAAGAGAAUCGGCGAUCCAUCGAAGUGAGCAUUCUUGCCCCGCUACCGGCAUCCUGAGACUGGGCUGGCACGAUGUCGUGGAACAACGUGACGGAUUGGCUGAAAAUCAACCAGCAAUACUUCAGUCCGCCUAUUUGCAACAAACUCAUGCACAAUGAUGGAGUUUUGAGUGUCUUCUUCGUAGGAGGACCGAACGAAAGGGAGGAAUUUCACAUACAGGAAGGUGAGGAGUUCUUCUAUCAACUCAAAGGGGACAUGGUGCUAACAGUACGAGAGUGCGGAAAGUUCCGCGACAUACCUAUCCGAGAGGGGGAAGUUCUCCUACUGCCUCCGCGGACCCCUCAUUCCCCGCAGAGGCCAGCGAACACUAUAGGCCUAGUCAUUGAGAGACAAAGGGUGAAGGACGUGGAAUUCGAUUGCCUGAGAUUCUAUGUGCAUCGGUGUGUAAGCCCGGAAGUUCUUUUCGAGAGAUGGUUCUACGUCUCGGAUCUCGGAAGCCAACUGCCUCCCAUUAUCAACGAGUUCAAGUCGUCUAAAGAGAGAGCCACUGGGAUCCCCGGUCCUGCUUCAAGACUCUGCGCAGCUUAUUUCGAGGACGAAACCUCAUUCGUAAUCGAUGAACCAAAAAAUCUCAUGGAUACCCUGAAGGCCCAUCAGUCAGAGCUCGAGAGCUCAUCGGGAAGCUUACUCCUGUACCCGGAAACGAAAUACAGGUUUCACGUAGAAGCUCUUGGCAAUGGAACUCACUCGAGAGACAUCCCGGCAAACGCCGAAGGUUUCCUCUACCAGCUCAAGGGAAAUGGUCUGUGCAAACAUUCAAGUGGAGAGCACAUGAUGAGUCAACAGAGCACACUUCUGGUUCCCGAGGGUACAGGAAUGAGCUUGACGAACGAACCCAACGCCAGAACUCUGUUCGUCGUUGCCGCGAUGCCGACCGGUGUGUGAGCGUGCGUCGCCGUCGCAUCGGAACAAGAGGGCUCGUAGUCCACAGCACCGCUCUCAGACUUUGCCGGAAGUUCCCUAAGUCGAUUUCUCCAAUCGGAACUCACAACAGACGGAUAAGGAUAACAAAAUAAAGUCCCCAUUCGAAACGAUUCCAU